AUGUCGGAUAAAGUGCUGGCCAUUGUGGAGCAGCUGAGUCAGCAGAACCCUUUUCAUGACCAGGAAGACUUACCAGACCCUCCGCGGCCAAGCGAGACGGCCAUUCCUCGCGAUCGCCCUUCCGCGGAGCAGGUCCCAUUCAUUCAGAAGCAGAUUAGCAUUCUCAGCUACAACCACCUGCCCCGCACCUUCUUCUCCUUAGAGAAACACCGCUCGCUGCAGAGCAUCCUGUUUACGGCAAAGGAGGUGCUGUGCGAGGCACUGCCCAUCCGCUGCCUGGAGGCGACCUUUGUGGCACUGCACUACACCCAGACGCUGCGCGACAUCGACCGCAUUCCGCUCUCCUUCAAGUCGGAGGCGAACGGCAACUUCUACCGCCACAUCGUCCUCGUCCUCCGCACCCGCUCCGCUCCAGCCCUCUACGGUGCCCUCGGCCUCAGCCGCAAGCCUACGCUCAUGUACAAGCCACUAGCGUAUCACUCCCUCUUUGAUGUAGUGAUGGACUACAAGCGCGAGUACGAGGCCCUCGGGCACGAGCUGCUUGACAUAAAGCUGGGUAUCGCCGUCACACACGAUGAGCGCAGUCGCUAUGACCCAUGCUGGCGUUUCAUUGCCCUCAAACUUGACCACUACCGCGACGGCACCAAGGAAAGAUCACUGAAGCUCUCGUCGACGGAGAACCACAAACCGACUUCGCCACGCUCGUUGCAAACGCACGCACGCAAGACCAGCGGCCACGUGGCCAACGACUCGUUCUCUUCCUCAAACGGCGGUCCGACCGCGCUGCCACCGCUCAGCCCAGGUCCGCCUCGCGUAGAGACCUCCGCGCACUGCAUCAACGGGGACGUGUCGUUAGAGCGCUCGGCGAAAGCUGUGUGCGCCUCGCACAGCGAGACGGUGGCGCCUGCAUAUUCAGAGCAAUUCCCUCCGCUGAGCACAUGCGACUCCACCUUGUCGCCGCGAAAGCCAACUUCUAGUGUGUCGCCUUCGCUUACGCAUCCGCCGAGCACGACAGACGCGGCUGUCGAGACGUACGCGCCACUGGCGCAGCUGCUGAGCAACUACAUGCGACUCCUUCCCACCAUCAGCGAGCAGUACUACAAGGGCAUCGCAACUGUGGACAACAACAACAGAGCACUCAAGCUGUGCUUCAUGGACCUCGAUACAGCGGAAAGGGACUCCGGUGCGGAGAACCAGCGCCGACUGCAGCUCAUCGGCGAGAUGCAGUCCCCGCUGAGCGCGGAGGCAAAGCGGGUGGCGGCCAACCGAACGUUGAAGCCACCCAAAAGGGCUAGGGGCAUCGCGAAGAACGCGAGCGGCAGUGGCAGCAGCGGCGCUGUCGGCCGCCGAAAAACGAACAAGCGCGCCCCUCUUGCGUUGCUGCCCUCCGUUGGUGCGGCGGAUGGCAAGAGGGCUAUCCCGUCGGUGGCGGUGCAGCCCCACCGCCCCCCUCAGGUGCAGCCUUCGUUGGUGGCGCCGGACAUUUCUUACCCGUCCGCGUCACUUUGCACGUCGCGUUCUGCGGAGUCGGAGCGCGCCGCGUCCCUCUCUGCUCUUUUGACGGGCAACAGCCAUAUCUCUCGCCCAUGCAUGCCCUUUGAGCGGAUCGUGAUAGACGCGCAGAAUACCGGCAGCUCAGCCUCGCCGCUGUGCAGCCGGGAUGGCGGGACGGAAGGGUGCACGAGUCCGUGCGAUGCCGAUCCUGACAGCUUCUCUGAGGAUGCCUUUGCGGCUCCGCCCCUCACGCCGCGCAACUACGAUGAGCGGAAGCCGCUUUCCCACUAUGAGCCGUCCCUACGCUCCACAUCAUCGGCAAGCGACCUCUUUUCCACGCCCUUCUCGCUGAGAGCUGCCGCCAUGUGCUCACCACGCCGGUAG